UAUUUAUCACAUGAAGUUUGUCUUAUCUGAAGUGCCUAGUGGAGGAGAAAAGGUCAAAAGAGUUGCAGAUGCCACUACCUGGAGCGACCCGCGCUGCUGAGCCACGGUCAACCGCACUAUGUUCUUUGACAUUACCAUGGACGGCGGAUCCUUGGGCUGCAUCUCCUUCAAGGUGUUUGCAGACAAAUUUCCAAAGACAGCAGAAAAUUUUCAUGCUCUGAGAACUGGUGAGAAAGGAUUUGGUUAUAAAGGUUCUUGCUUUCAUAGGAUUAUUUGGGGAUUUCUGUGCCAGGAUGGUGACUUCACUUGCCACAAUGGCACCAGUGGCAAGUCAAUCUGUGGGAAGAAAUUGGAUAAGAGGAAUUUCAUCCUGAAGCACAUGGGUCCUGGCAUCUUGUCUAUGGCAAAUGCUGGACCCAACACAAACGGUUCCCACUUUUUCACCUGCACUGCCAAGACUGAGUGGUUGGAUGACAAGAAUGUGGUCUUUGACAAGGUGAAAGAGGGCAAGAAUAUUGUGGAAGCCAUGGAGCACUUUGGGGCCAAGAAUGGCAAGACCAGCAAGAUCACCAUUGCUGACUGUGAACAAAUCUAAUAAAUUUAGCAAUGUUUAUCUUAAUUACCAGACCAUUCCUUCUGUAGCUCAGGACAGCACCCCUUCCCCCCCAUCUGCUCAAAAUAUCCUAUAAUCUUUGUGUUCUUGCUGCAGUUUGGUGUGUUCUAUAUUUCCUUACACCCUCCAAGUCUAGCUGGAUUGCAGAGUAAGCUUAUGAUUAUGAAAUAAAAACUCAACAACAACGACAAUAAGAAAAAGUUAUAGAGAGAUUCUGGAUAACUGUAAGUCAUCAUAUGUUCUUUCCAAGUGAGAUUUUUUUUUAAAUGUGAUUCCUUCAUGAGAAAAACUUCUGGGGGUUUCCAGCCUCUUCUGAUAUGUCAAUUUUGUCUGCCACCCCACCACCAAAUGAUCAAAUAGAACUACAGAACCAUGAUUCUUAAUCCCAUCCUUAGCUCACAUAAACUGUUAUUUCACCAAUGUUUCAAAUCUAUUAAAUACACAAAAAUUAAAUUCUGUAUACACACACAUGUAUAUAUAUAUAUGUAUGGAUAUGAGUAUCACUUCACAAUUCUUAUUAUUACUCAUUACACUCUAUCCUGUUCUGUCAUCUUAGGCUAGACUCAUUUACUCCCAACAUUACUUCUGAGAAUGAAAUUUCUAACAAUAGAACAUGUUCCUGAGGUACACUCUUCCCAUGAAUGAAGCCUUAAUGGUUCUUCUCAAUAGAGCCUGACACUCAGCUCUGUCACUAGGUCUUCUGGAAAGUAGAAAGUUCUUACUCUGUUCCUGCCCUAAAUCCUCAAAGUCAAUAAGAUCUUUGCACAGUUGCCAAAGAAAUUGCCCUAUUGUUCCUGUAGACAAAACUCAAUACAAGAAUACCAAGCAAAUACUUUUCUGCUUGCAAUGUUGUCUAGUGGGCAUGGUGUGCCCAGAACUCUAUUAGGAACUGGCCUGUUCAGGAUGAGGGUAAUACUCAGUUGCAACAGCUUUAAGCAUGCUGACUGUUUUUUCCCUACUUUGGUGGAUAGAUUUUCAUAAUUUUUAAUAAUUACACAGUAUUCCACACACAGAUUAGUCAUCAUAUGACUUAC